CUGGACCCUCCGAGCAAACCUCACUGGGGGGAAGUGACUUCGUCGCCAUUCCCGAGGUAUCUGUCCCUCUGAAACACUGAGGAUAGUCCGUCCAUCUCUGGGAAUAGAAAAAGAGAAAGAAGCACACGGUGCGUGUGCCAGUCUCCGUUGUUCAAGGAGAUCACCGCUUUUGAAUAUAGAGAGACCACAAUAUCCCUUCCGUUUUUCUUGAUUAUAAAUUCAGCUUCUGCUCGAGUUGAGGAAAGAGAUAGAUUGGGUUAAUGGUUUGUGGGGGAUUUUGAGUUUAAAUUUUGGGUUUUUUUAAUGGAUCCACCGGCGAUGAUGAGUGACGGAGAGUACAAUUUGGUUGAGAUCUGGCAGUACCCGAUGAAUGAAUCUGGGAUGAGGAGGGAUCAGUUCGGUCAGGGUAAUGAUCCGAUGCGUUUGGAGCAGCGCGGUGGGGUCAGAAGGCGGCGCGAUGCGGAGGAGGAGGCGACUAAGGUCGUGUCCAAAAGCGGUGGGAAUGGCGUGAAUGAUGGUGAGGGGAAAAGGGUUAAAAUAUCUGGAUGUAGAGAUGAGAAUCCUGAUUCGAAAGCUAGAGCAGAAAACAGUUCAGGCAAGCCUGUGGAACAAAAAGCUCAACCAUCACCUGAGCCACCUAAACAAGAUUACAUCCAUGUACGGGCCAGGAGGGGCCAAGCCACUGACAGCCACAGUUUGGCGGAGAGAGCUAGAAGGGAGAAGAUUAGUGAAAGGAUGAAAAUUCUUCAGGAUUUGGUCCCUGGUUGCAAUAAGGUUAUUGGCAAAGCUCUUGUCCUUGAUGAGAUAAUUAAUUACAUCCAGUCAUUACAGCAUCAAGUUGAGUUCCUGUCAAUGAAGCUUGAAGCAUUGAAUUCAAGAAUUACUCCUGGUAUUGAAGUAUUUCCUCCUAAAGAUUAUGGCCAGCAAACAUUUGACCCUUCGGGCAUGGCAUACGGUUCACAAGCUACAAGGGAAUACAGCCGCAACGCUCCACCAGAGUGGCUGCAUAUGCAGAUUGGUGGUGGUUGUGAAAGAACAACAUAAUAUAAUCUAUAAAAUCCCACAUGAAUUGAAAAUAAGAGCAUUUAAGUGGCAAUGCUUCCUGCUGCAGUAGCUGUUAAAAAAGAGUAUACCCCAUUAUGGUAAAAUCAAAAGAGACCUAUAUUUCCAGUUUCAACAUCAGGCAUGGAGCUGUUAUUGCUGUCUAAAGACUGAAAAAGUUAGUAUUUUGAACAUCUCCAUCUGUCGUGUUGGAAAUUGAAAUAUUUUACGCCAUAUAUCUUGUUCACAUAGCAGGCUUCAGGUUUCUACUUUGUAGUAAUACCCAAAUGGAUUGUAGUAGAAUGAUUAUUGUGCUUGUUCAGAAUUGCUAAUCCGCACAUGUUGUGUCAACUUUGUUUUAACAUUGGGUUUGUUAAGAGACUGAAGCUGUGAUCAAUAAGUAAGGCAGUUUACUUACUCUUUUCUCCAUUAUUCAUGAGCUGCUCUGUUCUAUAUACAUACGAUACCUUUAAUUAG